AUGUCUUACACUAUUAUUCUCCCAAACACAUGUAACACUAGGUACCUCAACACCUCAACACUCCACUCUCAGAAUAAUACCAGUCAACCCCUACCACUCCACUUGACACCGAUGGCGGGUCAUCCAUUCAAAUACAAGGAUGAUGCUGAGAGAGCCCAAGCAGUGCAUGAAUACCACAUAAAAUACUAUAAACUGAACAAGAGGGCCAUCUGUGAAAAGAAUAACAUACAUCAUGCAAAUCGGAUGGCAGGCAAUGUCCAGUCUGAGUGCACUACCAAAACUGCAACAAUGAAGGCCUGCCCCACCUCUAAGACAAGCAACUCUCAGAUCGUUAUUGUGCCAGAAUCAAAGCAAACCACCAGAAUGCGCUCAAAAACUCAACUGUCGCAUGUCCUGGCGCAUCUUGAAGAGGUUCAGGUUGGUCUACGGGGACUGGAAGGGAGUGUGCUCGAAGAGAUGGGCAUGUCAAGUUUAUACAAGGAGUGCAAAAAGACUAUAACUGCCAUUGAGGAACUGUGGUGCUAUGGAACAUCAGGGGUGUCAGGGAUACCUGACCUUGCUGAAAGGCGCAGGGAGGGGGACUUACUGUAUGAGACUUUGUUCGACAAGAUCCCCAUCAACAACCAUAGCAAAUUCUUGCAGUCCGUUUAUGAGAUAUGGUUUGCUCAAUGGCCUGAGCACGAUGUCUACCCAGGGGACACACACCGAGAGGAGAAAGGCAGCUCACUCAGUGCAAUAGCUUUGACAUUGCCAGAUGUCUUAGAGCUUACUUGGACAUGCAUACCAUCCAGCUUUGAGCCCCUCCCUACAUGUUCUGGCAGUCCUCAAUACAAUGGCUCCACCAAGUUCUGGCUGAAAAUCAACUGGAAAUUCUUCAUGCAAUGGCCAGUCCAUAAAACAUACUAUCCUGAUGUCGAUAAUGAGGAUGAGCUGACUGAGGAGCAGAAGGAGGUGUAUAAGACACCAUUGCAAACCUGA